CAACGCUCUACGACCCGACCCGACCCGAGUCGUCGGUUCCUGAGAGUUUUCCUUUCCGAUUUUGAAUCUAAGCAGAAGAGAAAUUACGGACGACAAGGUCUGCAAGCAAAACCAGUUCUAGAUGAUUAAGAGAUCAGAAUCUUCAAGGAUCCGAAGCUUCGGAUUGAAUCAGUGGGAAGAGAUAUUAAUCGGAGGGGGAAUUUCGAUUCAGGAGCCCUAGAAAUGAAGAAUCCCCAAAUUUGAAUGGAAACCCUAAUCAUAACCCGCAUCGAUCUUUGCGAUCCUCCAUCUCCGCGCACUGUCGGAUCAUUCUCCGCACUUCACUCUUCUUCGCCGGAGGCUGACCUGAAAUUACGUGUUGUUUUCACUGAAACAGAGAGAAUGGGGAGUCCGGGAUGUGGUGCAGUCGAUUAUGGCGUGGGCUCGAUCGUGUGGGUUCGAAGGAGGAAUGGCUCAUGGUGGCCUGGUAAAAUUGUGGGUUCCGAUGAGCUUUCAUGCUCGUACCUUGGCUCACCUCGAUCUGGAACUCCAGUAAAGCUCCUUGGAAGAGAAGACGCCAGUGUGGAUUGGUACAAUUUAGAGAAGUCCAAGCGUGUUAAGCCAUUCCGAUGUGGUGAGUUUGAUGAUUGUAUUGAGAGGGCAGAGUUCUCGCAAGGCAUGCCAAUGAAGAAGAGGGAGAAAUAUGCACGUAAGGAGGAUGCUGUUCUUCAUGCUCUUCAACUUGAGAAGGAGCUACUAAAGGAUCGAGGAAAACUCGAUCAAACGACGAUUGGAUCCCCGGUAAAGAAGGGAAUAUUUUCUUUGGAACAUACCGAAAUCGAUGAUAUAAACGAUGGGCAUUUUGAAUUGCAUCUGUUUUCUAAGAUCAUAGAUGUAAAUUAUGACAAUGAAAUUAUAGAUUCAUGUCGUAAAGCAAGUGAAGGAGCUCAACUGAAUGGUGAGAAUGUUCAUCCGGAAGCAAAACCAAGGACGAGAGACUUGUCGGAAACGCUUGUAUGUGAUACCGAUGCUUUGGCUCCUCUCGAUGGUGUUUGUAGCAUUGGCAAUGACAGUUAUGCAAACGGGAUGGAGCUAAUUGAUGGUGCAAAGAAGAGCAAGUGUAUGCGUCUUCCAGUUGAUUCAGUGGAGAGCAAAGAAUCCUCUCAUGGCCAAGUUGAGAUGUCAACGAACCGUUUAGAACUUGGCGUUCUGUCUUCUCAGCUCGAUUCCCUGGUUGAAGAUGAUGCUUCUAGUUCAUCUGAAAACAACUCUUCUGAUUUAGAGACUGAUUCUAAUUCUUCCAUGUCAGAUAAGGAAGUAGAUAAUUACAUGGCUUAUCAUCACGACCCAAUGUCUAAGUGGCAAUUGAAGGGGAAAAGGAACGUUCGGAAUCUUUCGAAAAAGUCUGCUGGACUUAAAAAUGAGUAUUUCGAUGACACGACAAAGCGAGCUCGAGCUGAGGCAAUGGAAGAGGAGUAUUACUUAACGUCAAAAAGGGUAUCAAAGGAUCAAAAUCUUGUAGGAAAUUACAUGUCGGAUUGGGAGGAUCAGCAGCCUGAUUUGAAGGGAUAUCGGGACGUGAAACAUGGCUUAUACGGUACACGUCAUCGUUUUGGUGGGAGGUUAAGAACUAUAUUAACAGAGGUUGAUCUAAAAGUCCAAGCAAAUUACCAGAAAGAGCCUGUUCCCAUCGUAUCACUGGUGAGCAAGUUAAAUGGGCAAGCUAUAAUUGGGCAUCCUAUUCAAAUUGAAGCUCUACAAGACGGGAUUUCUGAAGCUCUUCUUUCAGAUAGUCUAGGCAAUCAACCAGCUUGGAGGACUGCAAGGAGGACAGCAAAUGUUCGCAUCCCUCGCACUCGUUUACCGACAACAGUACUGGACGGUGAAGAGGCAAGCGGCCCUCACAGUCCCCGACCUUCUCGUGAUAGAAGACUGCCAAAAAAGAUGUCAAAGAAAGCAAGCCUAUCAACUAACCAGAAGACUAGAGCUUUGUCUUCGAUUGCUGUCGAGCCGAAUUAUAGUAACGUGCCAAUGCAUGAUAGUGUAACUUGUCGAAUGAAUGGAUUGAUCAAACCCGAAUCACCUAGGCUCCCAACUGUAGCAUACAUACCAGUAAAAUUAGUAUUCAGUAGAUUAUUAGAGAAGAUCAAUAGGCCUCCCUCAAAAGCUACUAACAAUGUGGUAUUGUUGAAGAAUAAUUCUCAUAGAGAUUCUUGACGUGUUACGUGCAUACUUUUGAAUGCUCGAAAUAAAUGUAUAUCCCAGGUGCAUAUAAAUUGAUAUAUUCAUAUGAAUUGACUAAA